UGAUCUGCUGUGUCUGUGGCUCCUGACAGUCGCUGGAUAAGCUCAACAGGGAGACCAGAUUGCACCGUCUCUGCCACGAAGAUAACUGGAUUUUCUCCGCGCGCUCUCGAGCCUCUUCUCCAUGCCCGGCACUUUCUUCUCCUCUUUAGUUUAACGUUGUUUAACUGGGACGCAAAACUCGGGAGGACGAAGCAUUUAAGAGAGCUUUGGGGAGCGAGGACUGCCUUUACAGACAUUCUGCUUCUUUUGCUGAGCUUAUCGCCAGUGUGGCUCCAUAUGACAUUUUCUCUCAUUGCUACAGAGGAUGCAGGGUGAAAAGCCCCCGAGCAAGGCUUCCAGUACCCGCCAAAGAAUGUUGGCAUGAAGAUGAAGAUUAAAGCUGCCAUUUCAACUCCAGUGAAACUGUGUACAUUCUAACAGGCAGCAGAGGGAACGCUUUCAUAAUUACAUAAAUUAGAGCCAGUGUGCCCAAUGGAUAUUUGAGUCCUUGUCAUUUUGCUUUACAUAGCCAUGGUAAUAAGGACCUUUACACAGUUCAAACUGUUUUGGCGCCAGCAGUGAGAGGUUUGGCCGGUGGCCUGAUAGUGUGAGGUAAUGGUAUUUGCUCCAGGAAAUAAGAGUUGGCCAAGCCCAUUACUAUGCAAAUGUAAUACAGCAUUUCAUCUUUUGUAUUAAAAUGCAUCAGUUCACAGUGGUUUAUCAAUGUAGACAGUCAAUUAUAUUAUAAGCUAAGUUUCCUGCAAGUAAACUCAACCCUAUACGUCCCUUGCUACCUACGCAGAAUUUGUGAUUACAAAAUGGUUUUACAAAAACCACACAGUUCCCAUAUUUUAUGGGUUGGGCUACUUAUUUGUUGCUUCGUAGAAAUAGGCACUUGUCUAGAAUUCACAGGUGCCGAGGGACAGUGGGCUAGAUUUCCAGUAUGGAAUGCGUGUUGUGAAAGUGAAAUGAGCUUCAAUAUGAAAACGAAGAGCUCCCAUGGGCUGCUCGUUUACUUCGACGAUGAGGGAUUCUGCGACUUUUUAGAACUUCUCAUACUGAACGGCAAACUCAGCCUCCGCUUCUCCAUCUUCUGUGCCGAGCCUGCAACCGUCAUAUCUGACACGGCGGUCAGUGACAGCCGGUGGCACGCGAUCACCAUCAGGAGAAACUUCAAGAACACAACCCUAAUGGUGGACAAUGAGAUAAAGUGGGUGGAGGUGAAGUCAAAAAGACGGGAUAUGACUAUUUUCAGCCAUUUGUUUGUUGGUGGAAUACCGCCGGAAUUACGAUCUGUGGCCCUGCGACUGACAUCAGCCGGAGUCAAGGAUCAGCCGCCUUUCACUGGAUGGAUAGCAGACGUACUUGUCAACAACACGGAGCCUGUAAUGAUCGACAGUGAAGGGGUCUUAAAGGACCUCUGCGGUACAGCCAACUUGUGCCUCAAUGGAGGAGUCUGCAGUGUAAUUAACAAUGAACCAACUUGUGACUGCUCUCAGACGGGCUUCCAAGGAAAGGACUGCAGUGAAGAAGACAGCCCUAAAGAAGGUCUGGCAUACCUGAUGAUGGGCGACCAAGGGCAGAGAGGGGAAGCUUGGCUUGUAAGGUCCCUGCUGGGCAUUCAAGGAAAAGAAGAGUACGUCGCAACCUUCAAAGGAUCCGAGUUCUUCUGCUACGACUUGUCCUUGAACCCAAUACAAAGCAGCAGUGAUGAAAUCACAUUGUCAUUCAAAACCCUACAGAGGAACGGACUGAUGCUGCACACGGGCAAAUCAGCUGAUUACGUCAACCUGGCGCUGAAAAAUGGGGCUGUAUCACUCGUCAUUAAUUUGGGGUCUGGAGCCUUUGAAGCUCUUGUGGAGCCAGUCAAUGGGAAAUUUAAUGACAAUGAUUGGCAUGAUGUCAAAGUAACAAGGAAUCUACGUCAGCACUCAGGCAUUGGACACGCUAUGGUAACAAUAUCCGUGGAUGGGAUUCUGACCACCACAGGAUAUACGCAAGAAGACUACACCAUGCUAGGCUCUGAUGACUUUUUCUAUGUUGGAGGGAGUCCUAGUACAGCUGACCUGCCUGGAUCUCCAGUUAGCAACAACUUCAUGGGCUGCCUCAAAGAGGUUGUGUACAAAAAUAAUGACGUGAGACUUGAGUUGUCGAGGCUAGCGAGGCAGGGCGAUCCCAAGAUGAAGGUCCAUGGCACAGUGGCCUUUAAGUGUGAGAAUGUGGCCACUCUGGACCCCAUCACAUUCGAGACUCCAGAGUCCUUUAUAAUCCUCAACAAGUGGAAUGCGAAGAAGACAGGCUCCAUCUCCUUUGACUUCCGCACCACAGAGCCCAAUGGCCUUCUCCUCUUCAGCCAUGGCAAGCCCAAGCAGCAGCCCAAGGACUCCAAGAGUCCCCAUACUCUCAAGGUGGACUUCUUUGCCAUCGAGAUGCUGGAUGGACAUCUGUACCUGCUGCUCGACAUGGGCUCAGGAACCACGAAAACCAAGGCGGUCAAUAAAAAAGUGAAUGAUGGCGAGUGGUAUCAUGUGGACUUCCAGCGAGAUGGCAGAUCAGGUACCAUCUCUAUCAACACCCUCCGUACGGCCUACACAGCCCCUGGAGAAAGUGAGAUUCUGGACCUGGAUGAUAGUCUGUACCUUGGGGGUCUACCGGAAAACAAAAUGGGGCUGGUGUUCCCCACUGAGGUGUGGACAGCACUGCUCAACUAUGGCUACGUGGGCUGCAUUCGGGAUCUAUUCAUUGACGGACAGAGCAAGGAUGUCCGACGCCUCGCCGAGAUCCAGAAGGCUGCCGGGGUGAAGCCCUCGUGCACUAAGGAGCCUCCCAAACAGUGUUUGAGCAACCCCUGUCAAAACAAUGGUGUCUGUAGAGAAGGCUGGAACCGCUACGUGUGCGAUUGCUCUGGAACUGGAUACCUGGGACGCUCCUGUGAAAGAGAGGCAACAAUCCUCAGCUAUGACGGCAGUAAGUUUAUGAAGGUCCAGCUGCCAGUGGUGAUGCACACUGAAGCUGAGGACGUCUCCCUGCGCUUCCGCUCCCAGCGAGCCUACGGCAUCUUAAUAGCCACCACGUCUCGGGACUCUGCUGACAGCCUACGUCUAGAACUGGAGAGCAGCCGUGUCCGCCUGACUGUCAAUUUAGAUUGUAUCAGGAUUAACUGUACCUCCAGCAAAGGCCCAGAGACAAUUUUUGCGGGUCAGAAUCUGAACGAUAAUGAGUGGCACACGGUGCGUGUGUUCAGGAGGGGCAAGAGUUUGAAACUGACGGUUGAUGAUCUGCCGCCUGUAGAAGGUCAAAUGGCAGGUGACCACACCCAGCUGGAGUUCCAUAACAUUGAGACGGGCAUCGUGACAGAGAAGCGAUUCUUGUCCAUUGUGCCGUCCAACUUCAUCGGCCACCUCCAGAGCCUCUCCUUCAACGGCAUGGCCUACAUAGACCUCUGUAAAAAUGGUGACAUUGAUUACUGUGAGCUCAACGCCAUGAUUGGUUUCAAGAACAUCAUCGCCGACCCCAUCACGUUCAAGUCUCGCUCCAGCUACGUGACCCUCACCACCCUGCAGGCCUACUACUCCAUGCACCUUUUCUUUCAAUUCAAAACCACUUCCUCAGACGGUCUCAUCCUUUACAACAGCGGGGAUGGGAAUGACUUCAUCGUGGUGGAGCUGGUCAAAGGUUACCUGCACUAUGUGUCCGACCUGGGGAAUGGAGCUCACUUGAUCAAAGGCAACUCUAACAAGCCCCUUAACGACAACCACUGGCACAAUGUAGUCAUCUCCAGGGACACCAACAACUUCCACACCGUCAAAAUUGAUACAAAGGUCACCACGCAGACAACCACAGGAGCCAAAAACCUGGACCUGAAGGGUAACCUUUACAUUGGCGGGGUGUCUAAGGAGUUGUACAAGCAGCUGCCAAAGCUAGUGCAUGCCAAGGAGGGUUUCCAGGGUUGUCUGGCAUCAAUGGAUUUGAACGGCCGGCUCCCAGACCUGAUGUCAGAUGCUCUGGACUGCGUGGGACAGAUUGAGAGAGGAUGUGAAGGCCCCAGCACGACAUGCCAAGAGGACUCGUGUGCCAACCAGGGUGUGUGCCUGCAGCAGUGGGAGGGCUUCAGCUGUGACUGCAGCAUGACAACGUUUGGCGGGCCGUUGUGUAAUGACGCUGGAACAACGUACAUAUUUGGGCGCGAUGGUGGAUUGAUCACAUACACGUGGCCGCCAAAUGACCGUCCCAGCACGAGGGCAGACCGGCUAGCCAUUGGUUUCAGCACGCACCUGAAGGACGCUGUCCUGGUGAGGGUGGACAGCUCCUCUGGCCUCGGGGACUUCUUGAAGCUCCACAUCGAAAAAGGAAACAUUGCUGUUGUGUUUAAUGUCGGAACAGAUGACAUUAAUAUUGAGGAGACAUCAAAGUUUGUAAAUGAUGGAAAGUACCAUAUAGUGAAGUUUACGAGGAGUGGGGGUAAUGCCACUCUGCAGGUGGAUGACCUGCCAGUCAUUGAGCGCUACCCCACAGGCAACAAUGAUAACGAACGCCUGGCGAUUGCUAGACAGCGAAUCCCAUACCGACUCGGUCGAGUAGUUGACGAAUGGCUACUCGACAAAGGGCGGCAGCUUACGAUCUUCAACAGCCAAACCACUAUACAGAUUGGGGGCUGGGAGCGAGACCGGAGUGGAUCGUUUCAAGGCCAGCUUUCGGGCCUCUACUAUAACGGCUUGAAGGUGUUCAACAUGGCCGCGGAAGGGGAUCCUAACAUAAAGAUCCAAGGCAGCGUGCGGCUUGUGGGGGAUUCGCCCUCCUCUAUUACGCCGCAGUCGAGCACCACGGCCAAUCGCUCAGAGACGUCCACGUCCAUCAUGGAGAUCACCACCACCACGGCGUCCAGCAGGCGGGUCAAGCAGACGACACCGCGAGAGCCUCAGCCGACGACCGACGACUUGCUGGUGGCAUCGGCUGAAUGUCCAAGCGAUGAUGAGGACAUUGAUCCCUGUGAGCCGAGCUCAGGUGGGUUAGCUAAUCCUACUGGAUCUGGACCAAAGGGUUUACCAGGCACGACGGAGGUGUUCAGAGAGUCCAGCAGCACAACAGGAAUGGUGGUUGGCAUAGUAGCCGCGGCGGCGCUGUGCAUUCUGAUCCUGCUCUACGCCAUGUACAAAUAUCGGAACAGAGAUGAGGGCUCAUACCACGUCGACGAGAGUCGCAACUACAUCAGCAACUCGGCACAGUCGAACGGCACCAUAGUCAAAGAGAAGCCGGUCAACACUGCGAAGACCUCGAGCAAGAACAAGAAGAACAAGGACAAGGAGUACUAUGUGUGAUUGUCAAAGCUUUGGUCUUAACCAGACAAAACCUUUAUGAAAAAAGACAAAUCAGGACAUCAAAAUGUGUACAGUAUAAUAACAAAGAUGAACAUUAUUUAGUCAUUUUUCCUAAAAGACAAUGCUCUGAAAAGUACAUGUGAAAAAUGAAAAAAAGAACUUUCUGGACUCAAGCACCGGAGACGGAAUACACACAAUACAGACAGAGAAUGAUGGAGAUGUGGCUCUGACAACCAGAAGAAAUGAACUACAUACAUAAUAUAACAUGUCAACCAAACAACUUUUAACCCAUCAGUGACUUGUUUCCUCGGCCGUGACGAUGUGAUACAAACCCCCUUGUUUCUGGUAAACGAAAGGAGCACGGAUGCACUUUGCCAAGAGAGCCACAGCGUUACGAACCUUGUGUUUUCAUUUACAUUGCCUGUGUUUGUGUGGUUGGGACUCUUUCCUAGAGAAAAGGACACAAUGCAUAAAUAAAUACGUACAUAAACACGCCAAAUAUUUGAAGCAGAGAAAGAGAAAGUGAUUGGGUUGAUGGUGAUCUCAACAAGGAGGGGAAAAAAAAAAUCCCCUGAUGGACGUCAGUGGAAUCAGCCAAAGUACUCACUGAAGAGGAGAUGAUGGCCAGCAAAGACUAACACCAGGCUGAAGGAGCCACCGCAGCAUGGAGAUGCUAACGGAUGGCAAUUUCUCUUGAAAGACUAUUAUUUAAAAGAAUACGUCCAUUGUGCCAGUAAGUAAAAUCUGGAGGCCUUCGUUUUCACACGACGUGAACACAAAGGAAGAGAGUUUCCUCAGAGUGCUGAGGACGCCGCUAACGCCAUCACUCCCGAGCCAUGCACGCAAAAUUAUCUGAUUACAGUACAUAUGUUUAUAUACAGUACAACCACAUCUAUAUGUGCUUUCUGGACUGUGACAAAGUGGUGUUUUAUAGCCUGUUGUAUAGAUGAUGCUAACUAUAACUGCUCCUCUACCAUUUUUGGAAUAAAACAAGGAAAAAAAAAAAAAAAAGGACAAAAAGAAGACAUAAAUGUUAUUACGUGUUGCUAGUCAUAGACGAUUUUAUGAGGACAUCUGCAUUUUUAUCAGUUAAGUAAUUAUUUGAUUUUCCCUGGUUUCUUUUUUUUUUGUUUUGUUUUUUUAAAAACAUGUGUUCCUACAUAGUUUUUAUACAAUUCCCAUCCAGAGAUACAUAAUCCUGGAGCAGCCAUAGCUUAUCCAUUCCCCAAAACUGCAAAAGGCAUUAACUGUGUGACGGGACAACUAACUGUACAUGCAUCUGUUAAGGAUACUGGUAGAAUCACUGCCUUCCUUCUCAAUCCUGACGUACAGUACAUGCAUGAGAAGGAUCAAGAACAUGAAUGAUGAUGACGGAUGAUGGAUGAUUAAUAUAAAUUAACUUGCUGUGUGUGUUUCCAAGUGGUAUUAUAAGAUUGUCUGACGUGUGCGCGGGCUGACACAAACGAGAGGAGAAGCUCAAAAUCGGUCUCCAUUCCAGCUGUCCUGUGUUUGUUCUGUCAUUCUGUCCGUCAGUUCUGCUUUCCAGAGACCUGUACUUUUAACUGAGUAUGAGGAACAUGACCUUGAACUAUAAAUGAUGAUUAUAAAUUCUCA